AUGACAGUGAAGGGUGGCACAAGCCCAGCACGUGCUGUGUGCAAGUAUCAGAGAAGAAAGUGCUCCUCAGAUUGCCCUCUUGCACCUUAUUUUCCUGCAAAUCAACCAAAAACGUUUCAAAACAUUCACCGACUUUUUGGGGCGUCCAACAUUACGAACAUGCUCGGGAACUUGGAGACGAAUGACCAGAAGGAGGAUGCCAUGAAAUCUAUUAUAUACGAGUCUGAUAUGCGUGAGAGGUUUCCUGUUUAUGGUUGUUCUGUUAUUAUAAGCCAAUUGCGUUUGCAGUUGCAACAUGCGCUUGAAGAACUAUGGUAUAUUUACGCACAGCUCGAGACUUAUAGGCAACAGUUCAACAAGCAAUCCACUCCAUACUACACGUCUUCACCACAGAUAGAGUUCGGCAUUGACCCAUCAAACUCUUGCUCCAAACAAUGUUCACUAAACAAGACAGUUGACGGGCUACCGAUGAAGGCAUUUGAGGUGCGGCUGCUGCAGAAACCUGUAGGUGUGGGUGGUGGGGGACGGCGGUCCGAGGCUAAGGAUUCUGUAGCGCGGCCGCGAUCGGCGGCUCUCAUAGUCGGAGAUCAAAUGGGGAUUUUCCGCUUCUCCCUCUUCUUCGGCCUUCUGGACUCUGGUUUCUUUUUCAGAAUUUUUCCCUCCUACUGCUUAAUAGCCAGUGUACGGUCAUAA